CGCAGGGCGGGGGUGGGGGCGGCGCGGGCGGGGAGCGACGGGCUGGCAGGGCAUGGCGUCCAUGGCGGCGGCGAUCGCGGCCUCGCGCUCGGCGGUCAUGAGCGGGAACCGGCCUCUGGACGACAGGGAGCGGAAGCGCUUCACCUACUUCUCGUCGCUGAGCCCCAUGGCCAGGAAGAUCAUGCAGGACAAGGAGAAGAUCCGGGAGAAGUACGGGCCCGAGUGGGCGCGGCUGCCGCCCGCGCAGCAGGACGAGAUCAUCGACCGGUGCCUGGUGGGGCCGAGCGCCCCCGCGCCCCGCGACCCCGGGGACCCCGAGGAGCUCGCGCGCUUCCCCGGGCUGCGCGGGCCCACGGGCCAGAAGGUGGUGCGCUUCGGGGACGAGGACAUAACUUGGCAAGAUGAGCACUCUGCCCCCUUCUCCUGGGAAACGAGGAGUCAGAUGGAGUUCAGCAUCUCUUCCUUAUCCAUCCAAGAGCCUGGCUGCAGCACUGCCAGCGAGCCCAGGCCACCAUCCAAAGCUCCCCAGGGGUCCCAGGCCCUCCGACCCUCCCAGGGCAGCAAGUCCACCAGCCUGGAUGCCCUGGGUCCAGCCCGGAAGGAAGAGGAAGCGUCCUUCUGGAAGAUCAACGCGGAGCGGUCUCGUGGGGAGGGCCCUGAGGCUGACUUCCAGUCGCUGACCCCCAGCCAGAUCAAGUCCAUCGAGAAGGGGGAGAAGGUCCUGCCUGCUUGUUACCGACAGGAGCCCGCCCUGAAGGCCAGGGAGGCCAAGGAGGAAAAAUCCAGCAGCCUCCGCCAGGAGCAGUGGGUCCUUCCCAGCCUCAGCAUGGAGCGCGAGAGGCCCCAGCCCGCCCAGGCCUGCACCAGCCCUCCCAGCGAGGCCGAGCCCGGGGGAAAGCUGCCUUCUGCCUCCGCCGGCCCGGAGGCCUUGGAGGACGCAGAGGACACACUGUUCUCGGAACCUGUGCCUGUUCAGGUCAGCUCAAGUAAUGUCAUCUUGAAGACGGGAUUUGAUUUUCUGGACAACUGGUAAAAUGUGUUCGACAAAACAAACAAAGCAAGAACCCCCAAACGUUUUCCAAAGUGGGGUGGCAAAGGAGGAGAAAGAGGGCAGCGUUCCCCUGCGGCUUUUCCUGGUUUCUGUGCACUCUUUUCUUACUCAUUGGGAAACUGGUAAAUAUUGCCUCGUCCGGGUUUCCAGAUUUUUUCCCUUUUUGGUAAGACCAGAUAUCUGUGCUCUUUUCAAUGAUUUGAUAACAGAAGUUUUACACUUGGAAUUUUUAAUUCCUCUUAGGAAUUCAGUACACCUGGUAAAUAAAACUUCCAUUCCUGCCCCACUCAAUAUGCCCCUCCGCAGAGAAUGAGCUUUCUCAACUGUGUCACCAAAAGUAUAAAGUGUUUUCCAUCUCCUCUCCUUUAUCCUCUCCCCUUAAAAAAAAAUGUGUGGGGCUUCCUUCGAUGGGUGACUCUUGGUGACCUCCUUAGCAAUAAUGGCAUCAGCGCACUGGCUGUGGCCACUGGGAGGUCUGUCCCACGAAUCCUCACCGGACGCUCCCGGCUGUCCAGGCUCUCCUUGCUGAAGCCACACUUCCUGCAUCACGUUGGCCACCCUUCACCCUCUCAUCGUUUCCAGGAAACAGACUGUGGGCACAUGGCAGAGGUGUCUUUAAGCUGCCAUGAUACUUACUCAACCUAUAGGUCAUUGUUAAAGAAGAGUUGCAUGUUUAAGUUUUGUAUUAAUUUUACGUUAUUUUGUAUCUAGGUUUAGCAGUUGUAGGGCUACGGCUUUCCUCGGGUUUUGUACCAGUGUCCCAUUGGAAGUUCUUUGCUACGUCUGGGGCCUGUGGGGGUGUUUCCUGUCCUAGGCAUCUGCAGGAGUCAGGCCAGAUGGCAGACGUUGCUGGCGAGCCGGGCUGCUCUGAUUAGUAGUGUUAGAACCUGCCAGUGUGAGGCUGGCAGGGGCCUGGGAUAUCCUUCAUCCAAGAACUGGUCAGACUGCGUCACAAUGGACACUCCCCCAGCCCUGACCACCAGCAGAAGUGGAGGAGCCCGAGUUUCUCUACGGCCUGAGCAGCGCUCCCUGGAGACCGUCGUGGUCAUGGCAACAGCAUCUCCUGAAGCCGGACUCUGUGCUGCCCACUGUGGUCCCUGCUGCUGGGGAAGGGGGUGGGGCAGCUCCAAGGCUGCCCAGGGGGGCAAGGUGGCCCCCAACCCAGACAGGGUUGGGUAGGGCGGUAGGGGAGCCCCUGCCCAGUGGCCCCCGAGUGGCGUGAGCCUGCAGGGCCUGCCAAGCGUGGUCUCCGCAUUGCCUCUCACUGUGUUCUCCUCACCUGACGCCUUAAUCCCUGCGAGGCCUGCCAGUGAGCUCCCGAUUUCAGUAUCAAAGUGUGUCUUUUUAAAAAGCCUUUCGGUUUCAUAGGACCUUCUGAAAUGAUUUCGAGAAUAUUUUAUCUGGCUCCAAGGUAGAGCAGACAACAACUUGUUCUUUUCCAGCAAAGUUUCUGCCAAAGCUGUGGCCGGCCAACUUUUGGGUUGGUUUCUGCCCAUUGCAUUAUAUCCCUAAACCUCUUUUGGGCCCUGGGGGUCUUGGAUUUGACCUUCCUCCUUUGUUAGCUGACUCUGUGGUGGCAAAUACAUGUUCUUUAAGUACCGUUUAAGUAUAGUUGAAAUAGUCAAGGGAGGGAGUUCCCUAGUGGUUCAGUGGGUUAAGGGUCCAGUGUUGUCACCACUUUGGCUUAGGUAGCUGCUGUGGUGUGGGUCUGAUCCCUGGCCUGGGAAUUCCUGCAUGCCUCAGGCGUGGCCAAAAAGAAAAAAAGAAAUACUUGGUCACUUUGCUGUAUAGCAGAAGUUGACAGAACAUUGUAAAAUAACUAUAAUAAAAUUAAAAAAAUUAAAACCAUUAAAAAUAAAGAAAAAAUAGGAGUUCCCUUCAUGGUGCAGUGGAAAUGAAUCUGACUAGGAACCAUGAGGUUGCGGGUUCCAUCCCUGGCCUCACUCAGUGGGUUAAGAAUCCAGCAUUGCCGUGAGCUGUGGUGUAGGUCACAGACUUGGCUCGGAUCCCGUGUUGCUCUAGCUGUGGUGUAGGCUGGCAGCAACAGCUCCGAUUUGAUCCCUAGCCUAGGAACCUCCAUAAGCUGCGGGUGCGGCCCUAAAAAGCAAAAAAAAAAAAAAGAAAAAAAGAAAUGUUCAAGGGAAAGAAGAUCCCUAGCAUGGUAGAGAGGGAAAAACAGGCCUACAAACCCUAGCUGGAAUCACACAGCCAGGUGCCAGCCCCGCAGGUCAGCCACUGAGCCUCAGAGCCAGGCGCCACCUAGCUCCACUUCCAACUUCCAGGGCAGUGCCUGAACCCAUGAAUGAAAGCAGGGUCCCCUUCAGAGAAGAGGUGUCCAGAAGUGAGCUUGUGUCCCUUGGUGUUGGUGUAGCAGGGAAGGAAGAUCUACAUCCUGGGACAAUUAGCUCAAGGCGAUGUUCCUGAUCUUUGGGGAGGUGACUCUAAUUUCUUUUCCACUUUUUUGUAAAGCCCAGUGUUCCCUUCAAGUUCUCCCAGGAGCUGAGGGGGCACAGGGAUUAUUAAAAGCUCCUGCUUCCUUUAUACCAUCUGGGGUCUGGUCCCCAGCGGUGUUUAGUCAUCUGUGACAGUGUUUAAAGUUUCAUAAAGAGGAGUUCCCAUCGUGGUGCAGCAGAAAUGAAUCCAACUAGGGACCAUGAGGUGGCAGGUUCGAUUCCUGGCCUCGCUCAGUGGGUUAAGGAUCUGGCAUUGCUGUAGCUCUGAUUUGACCCCUAGCCUGGGAACCUCCAUGUGCCGUGGGUGCAGCCCUAAAAAACAAAACAAACAAACAAAAGUUUCAGCCUCCUGAGAUUAAAUGUAAAAUCUAGACUUGGGAAAUCCCAGAUAGAGUUCUAAGGCUGGGUGGCUUUGUUCUGCUUUCAGAAAUAAUGAGGCUGGGAGGGAGGUGAAGGCCUGGAGAACCCAUGCUCGUGGGUCUCCCAUCCCUCCUGACCCGCAGAUCUUCCUCCUCCCCCUGCACAGUCCAGGGAAAGAUGUUCUUUCACCGUCUUCCUGGGAGUCUAUGUUCGGUGUGUCCGAGUUAGGAAAAAUUAAGCUCCUAUGUUUGCCCUCUAUUUGUUCAUGUAUCAGGCUGGCGUUUCUAAAACCAGAAGUUAUUGUUUAUUACUUUAAAAAUACACACUUUCCAGCUGAACCCUGAAGGUGAUUUUGGACCCUACCUCCCUGGCCACCCUGUCGUCUGUCCCUGAGGUUCAGAUCAAGGAUUCAGUGUCUUUGGGCGACUGUAAUUUGCAAAGUCUGCACCAGGAAGUUAGAAACAAGUCUCAGAGUCUUUCUCCUGGGGGUCCCUCUUCCCCUGCACCCUGGAUUUGGGAGUGCUGCCCACUCUGGGGACAGCGGCUUGUAGCACCCCUCUCCCCCAGCCCCCUGCUGCACCCGCGUGGGUGUCAAGGCAGCCACCCUCUCUUUGAUACAUGUUUUCAAAAACAAGAAAUUCUUACUGACUACUUGUAACUCAGUUGUAUUUUAUAUUAACAGCCUUUAAUAAAGCCAUUUAAAAUUUGC